UAUACCUGUGCAGGUCUCUAUAAUAGACAGUACCACUCUCUCACUUCAAACAGUAUUCUACGGCUCCCCUUUGCUCUUCUUUUGUUGCUCACACCACCGUGUCUGAGGAUGGCCAAGGGAGAGAAAAUGGUUUCUGAUGUGGAGAACAAUUUCCAGGAAAAAGGGCCAACUGUUACAUUCAGUAACUUGCAUUACUGUGUUCAAGAGAAGAGUUUUUUACGCAAGACGGGACCUGAAAAACAAAUUCUGAAAGAUGUCAGUGGCAUCAUGAAACCAGGGAUGAAUGCAAUCAUGGGGGCCACAGGAAGCGGUAAAACAUCACUCCUGGAUGUACUCGCAGGCAGAAAAGACCCUGCUGGACUGCGCCAAGGAAAGGUUUUAGUGAAUGGCAAAGUAGUUACAUCUGACCUCCGGCUCAGUUCUGCGUAUGUGGUUCAGGAUGACAUCCUUAUGGGGACUCUGAGUGUUCGUGAGAACCUUUUGUUCUCAGCCAAUCUGCGCCUGGAUCCGAAGCGUCACUCGCCCACUGAUAAAGAAAGCAGAGUGGAUACCAUCAUACAAGACCUGGGCCUUAAAGACUGUGCAAACACUAAGAUAGGCACAGAGUUUCUGCGAGGGGUAUCAGGAGGGGAGAGGAAGAGGUGCAGCAUCGGCAUGGAGCUCAUCACUUCUCCCUCGCUGCUUUUUCUGGAUGAACCAACCACUGGACUGGAUUCAAACACUGCAAACUGCAUCAUCGGUCUACUGCACAAGCUGUCCAGAAGAGGUAAAACUGUGAUCUUCUCCAUUCACCAACCACGCUACUCCAUCUUCAGACAGUUCGACCAUCUUACUCUAAUGCACAAAGGCGAGAUUGUGUAUGCGGGAGCAGCAGGCUAUGCGCUGGAGUACUUCACAGACCUUGGAUACCAAAUUGAGACUUUCAACAGCCCUCCUGACUUCUUUAUGGACAUCACAAAUGGAGAAGCAGCAUCAACGCUUCAAUCUCUCACUGACGUGAAGGGUGAAAGCAGUCUAGCAGUGAAGUAUCGCCAGUCCCGCCUGUACCAGAAUGUGAUCGAGGAGCAGGACCAAAUGAGCCAGAGCUAUCCCGGAGCCCUCAAAAGUCAAGACGAAGCAAGCACAUAUGCAACAUCUUUCUUAUAUCAAAUGCGUGUGGUUUGUGGCAGGACAGUGAGAAACAUACUAAGGAACCCACAGACCUCCUAUGCUCAAAUGGCUCUGAACAUCUUUUUUGCCAUCCUGGUGGGACUAAUUUACUACCAGAUGCCCUUAACGCUGCCUGAGGCUUUACAAAAUAGGAGUGGUGCCUUUUUCUUCCUCAUCAUCAACAUGGUGUUUGGUAACCUUUCGGCUGUUGAACUCUUCAUCAAUGAAAGGGCAAUCUUUAUUCAUGAGAACUCCAGUGGAUAUUACCGCACCUCUGUUUACUUCCUGUCCAAGAUCUUUGCUGAUCUCAUUCCCAACCGCAUGAUCCCAAUCCUGGUGUUUUCAGCCAUUUCCUAUUAUAUGAUGGGGUUGAAACCUGCUUUUGAGGCCUUCCUGUGCUUUGCUCUGACCAUGUCCCUGGUCAGUUUGGCAGGAGUUGGUCUUGCCUUCCUUGUGUCAGCGAGUGUGUCAACGUUUGCAAUGGCUAAUAUCCUGAUUGCUCUACCCUUCGUGUUUAUGAUGGUGUUUGGUGGCUUUCUUGUAAAUCUCAAUGCCAUGCUGAACUGGCUCUCUUGGCUGAAAUGGAUCAGUAUCUUCAGAUAUGGACUGAAUGCUGUAUACAUUAAUGAGAUGAAAGGACAGGUUUUCUACGGCAACAACACAUUCUUGCCAGGGGAAGUGUUUCUGCACAGCAUGGACAUCGACUACUCUGUGUGGGGUUUCUGGCAGAACCAGGUGGCUCUACUGGGAAUGAUUCUUGUCUGCAUGAUUCUGGCCUACGUGCAGCUUCGACGAAUCAACCGCUGGAAGUGA